AUGCACAACGACUCGACCCUCGGCGCCGCGCUCAUGACGAACAACCCGACCCUCGAGGCCGAGCUCAGCGCUCUCAGGGCUCGCGUGGAGGCCGACGAGGCCGACAUCAACACUUUCUACUUGAUGGUCUGUGGCGCAUUCGUUUUUCUCAUGCAGGCCGGCUUCGCGCUGCUGGCGGCGGGGUCGGUACGGGCCAAGAACGUGAAAAACAUCCUGCUAAAGAGCGUCUGCGACGCCUGCCUCGGCGGCUUGGUAUGGUUCCUCGUUGGCUACUCCGUCGCCUACCAUGGUGGAGACGCUCCUGGCAACCACUCCGUCGCCUACCACGGUGGAGACGCUCCUGGCAACCCGUUCAUCGGCACGGAUAGCUCGUACCUUGCGCUGUCGGGUGUGCGGGACUGGGAGAAGAACGAUCAGGGCGCUAGCUACGCAGGCUGGAUGUUCCAAUAUGCCUUUGCGGCCGCGGCCGCGACCAUCGUCUCUGGCGCCGUUGCUGAGCGGUGCACCUUUGUUGGCUAUCUCUGCUACGCCGUGGUUAUCAUCGGCCUCAUCUACCCGGUCGUGGUCCACUGGGUUUGGGACCCGCUCGGCUGGCUCUCCGCCUCAAACCCACAGGCUGCGUUUGGAGGGAUGAUCGACUUUGCCGGCUCAGGCGUCGUCCACAUGACGGGCGGCGUGGCAGCCUUUGUCGCCGCCGGCGUGCUCGGCCAUCGCCUGGAUCGGUGGGAGAACCCGGCAGCGUUCCAGGGGCAGGACGCCGCUCUGCAGGUCAUCGGGACCUUUUUGCUGUGGUUUGGGUGGUACGGCUUCAACCCGGGGUCGACGCUCGCGCUGCACAACGCCGAUCACACCCUUGCGCGCGACGCGGCCCGCGCCGCGAUCACGACCACCCUCUCGGCUGCGGCUGCGGCGACGACGGGGCUGCUAAUCAAGCGCCACCUGCCAGAGUCCCUCGGAGGCUCGCGCACCUGGGACCUGGCGCACACCUGCAACUCGCUGCUCGGGGGUCUGGUCUCGAUCACCGCGGGCUGCUCCACCGUCUCGCCCGCCGCCUCGCUGCUCAUCGGCUGUGCAGGCGCCUGGAUCUAUCACGCCGCUUCAUGCUUGAUGCGGCGGCUGAGGAUCGACGACCCGCUCGAUGCAUUUGCGGUCCACGGAGCGUGCGGCUUCUGGGGCUGCGUCUCGGUGGGCCUCUUUGCUAGCCGCGUCUACAGCUACUCGCCGCACGAGGGGUCCCGCUUCCACGGCGACGAGGGGUAUGACGCUGGCUUGCUCAACGGCGGACGAGGUGUGCUGCUCGCCGCGCAGCUGGCAGGAGCCCUGUCCAUCGUCUGUUGGGUGGCUGCAACGUCCGGCCUCCUCUUCUGGACGCUGAGGGCGCUCAACAUCUUUCGCAUCUCGGAGGAGAUGGAGCUAGCAGGGAGCGACUUUACAAAGCACGGCGGGCCGGCGUACCCUUGGGUGGCCCACCACGAGCGGAUGCGCGACGAGCGCGCUCGGGAGGCGGCCGCGGGCAACGCGGAGCUUCCGCCGGAGGACGACGCGGUCGAGAUGGUGAGCGCCGUCCAGCUGCUGGACAGCGUGGCGGAGGCGGGCCCGAACUACACCCUGCUGCGCAGCAAGGAGACGAAGGCGAAGCGGCGGAAGCGACAGCGCGAGGAUGGCAGGGCGGCGCUCAACGGCCACACUGUCCUGCCCACCGGAUCGCGCCUCGAGAUCUUCUGCGACACCGAGCGGUGGUACCCCGCGACCGUCAUGGGCCGGGAGGAGGACGGGGACGGACGGAUCGCGCACCAGGUCGAGUACGACGGCUACCCGGAUCGGCGGUGGUGGCACAUGCUGGACGACGAGCGGUGGCGAGCCGUCCCAGAGCAGGCCGGCACGGGCGCAGGAGGCGCCGCCGCAGACGUGGACGGGGAUGCGGCGAUGGACCGCGCGGACGGCGAGGGCGCCCGUGCCGCGGGUGCCGCCGAGGCGGCCGAGGUGCGGCCGGCGCCGCCUCCCGCGUGCCGGGGUGUGCGGCGCAGCGCGCUGGCGGACGUCCUCGAGGCGGAGGACGACGAGCGGCAGGACGAGGCUGCGCGUGGCGACGAGCAGCCGAUGCUAGCGCCCCACGGGCCGGCGCUGUCGGCUCACGACGUCUGGGGCACGGGCGUCAACACCACAGGUUGGGCCGUCUUUGCCAUCACCGACUUUGCGAUCGGCGGCCUCACCAAGGCGCCUGAUGCUCAAGUCGAGGUGAUCGUCGAGCCAAAGAUGUCUUCGGGAAGGCCCGAGGUGUCGCACCUUUCCAAAGUGCUCUACGGCUCUACCAGCGGCGUCUUCGAUCUGCACGUCUACCUGCCCGCCGACAGCUCGGCGGUGACCGUGAACUUGUACGACCACUGCAGCUGGCAGGAGCCUGGCGAGCUGAUCUUCACAACCCGCUACGAUCUGGCAGACUGCCCGGCCGAGCAGUCGGCGACACAGGGCUGUGCGCUGGCGUGGCAAGAGCCCGUGGAGCUGCCACCGCUGUUGGCAGCCAAACAGUUCCGUCCUUGGCACCCUUGGGCGGCGUCACCCGGCGAGCGGUCGGCACGCCUCCUCGGGUACCAUGCGACUGGAGCAGAGAUGGUGAGCCGGGUGCGGGUGGCGAGUCGACGCGGUGUGGGCGUGCAGUUUGAGGACGUGUCGCGCGACCCGGCAAGGUUCGCGCUGGGCCGCAUCCAGAAUGAUGCGAUUGAAACGCAGCUCUUCUUUGCGGAGGCGGGCUCCGUAUUCCCUGAGGCGCUGCACGGGCUGUGGUGGAUGGACCAGCGUGGCGUCUCGCUGAAGGACGGGCCGUAUCCGUCGGAUCCGGAGUACACCCAGGUCUGCCUUGGAGCUGCCGAGGAGAACCUCAUCUCGUUUGGGGAAGCGUCCUGGGACAACGAGACGCGGUGCGCUUCCGGCGUGCGGCAAUACAGCGGCGGCCCGCUCUCUGGCCACUGGACCUGGUUCGAUGAGUCUGGGAAUGGUGAGAGCAAACCGUGGAGCAGCGGCGCCGACUGGAUCCUAAAGUACGAGUUCUGCUUCUCCAGCGAUGACUUUGACCAGAUCGAUGUGAGAACAAAAAUUACAAACGACGCGCUCGGCGAGAUUACGCUGCCGACGUUCGCUACGAUGGUUCGGACGAGCUGGGGAUGGGACCGUGUCACCACGAUUCCGGACGCUCCCGCAAAGCUGACGGAGUUUCUCAAGACCGCCUCUAUUGACUCGGGCCUAGCUGAUUGGGUUCAGGCCAAGUUCGGACCGGGCUACGGCGACUUUGCAGCUUCCGGCUUCGCCUGCCAUUACCCGUUGCGCCAGGUCGUUGACGGUACGGGCAAGAGGACUGACGCUUACAGCGAGUACCUCGCGUACGUCAACAUGCAGACCGAGUGCGAGGAGGCCAGCUUCGAAUGCCCCCGAAACCGGGGCAGGGGGACGCAGCUCGUCGGAAGGCUGGCGUUGCCGCGAUGAAGGAGACGCAGGUGCGGCUAAGUGAUAAAAUCACAUUCUCCUGCGUUCUGUUCGUAUGUUUACAGAGAUACGCGCCGAAA